CCCAUUCCCCUCCAUUCCUCUCCUUCCUCCUCAUCCCGCAGCUCCACUCAAAGCUUGAGCUUUCUUUUUUCUUGUUUUGUUUUAUUUUCUUGGUAGGAGUAACAAUAGUUCCUGGCCUUCCUCAUCCUCUCUCUAUAUCCUAGGAGAGAGAAAUCCAGAGGCAAAAGCUUCAGGAUUUGUGUAAAUUCUAGAUCCACUAACCAGAAAACCAAAAGAAAAAAAAAGGAAGAGAAGAUGAGUCACUUCGCCGCCAUGAAGAGCCCCCUUCCCGUCGCCGCGUCCGCCGCCGCCGGCGACGCCAAGAGCCCGCUCUUCUGCCCCAAGCCGCGGCGCCCCGUGGCGCCCCUGCGGUGCCACCAGAGCGGCGGCUACUCGGACGCCGGCGUGGAUCUGCUCGACCUCCUCCUCUCAAAGGGCGAGGAGAGCGGCCUCAUGGCGGCGUCCCCGCAGCCGCCGCUGUUCUGCGGCUCGCCGCCGCGGCGAGCUUCGAACCCGGUGGUCCACGACAGCCGGUUCGGCAUGGACUACCCGCCCAUGCCGGUGCCCCUGCCGGGGCUGCCGGCGGUGGUGGCCGCCCCGGUGGCGGUGGCCCGGCCCAACCCGCGCCCGUCGGUGGCGCCUUCCAUGUCGCCGCGCGGCGCGUCGUGCGCCCGCGCCCGGUUCGCGUUCCAGCCAGCCGCGGUCCGCGUCGAGGGUUUUGACUGCCUCGACCGCAGCCGCGGCGGCCGUGGCCAUGGCAUCACCGCCAUGGCCUAGAUGUGCAUACAACACCAAGUAACCCUGAGAACCCCCCCUCCUCUUCCUCCAUGGUGCAAGAAGCUUUCUUUUGCUACCACAAGCUCCUGGAGAGAAAGGGAGAGAGAGGAGGGGAGAAAAUCGAGAGGAUCAAUUUGUCCUAAAUUUAACCCCUAAAAAUUAUAUAAUCCAUCCAAUCCACCCCACAAUUAUAAUGAGUUUAGGUAAUUUUACCACAGAUCUUUUUGUAUGUAAAUAAAGUUCAGGUUCAGGUUCCUCAUGUAAAUUUGGGAGCAACUAGAAAUCCGGAGAGAGGAGCAGGGACAAGGGCAAAUCAAAAAAAGAAGAGGGCCCUCUUGGAUUAAUCAAGAUUUCCUGAUCUGUCCCUGCCAUCUCUCUGGGGAGGAGAGGAUUUAUUAGUCAUUGGAUUAGGUGGGAGGGAGGUUGGGAUUAGUUAGGUAAUCUGUCCUAGUUCAUCAAUGAUGCCCUUCUUUUUUAUUUUUGGUUUUUGAUGGAAUUGUUUUUGUCCGUCCGUCCGUCCAUGCAACCAAGAAAUUCCAAGGCCAUGGAGAAUCUGUACAAAAGAGUGAGUGGCUACAGUCAGAGAGCAGCAGCAGCAGCAGCAGCAGCUAGGUUAAGUCCCCAGUCAGUCGAUGAGCUGAGUGAGAGAGAGGAGAGACAGGCCAUGAUGAGUAUGAUGAGUAUUGUUUGUGAUCUUUUUUCUUUUGGAUUUUUGUAUAUUGUAAUAUCCUGCUGGAUUUAUUUCCAACGAAGCAAUCUGUAUAAUAUAAUAUUAUUAUGAUUAUCAUCACCAUCAGCACCA